CGUGUCGUAGAGUGUCUGACCUGCGGCUCAGAUGAUGUGCCCCACAAAAAGUCCGCGAAACUGGCCUGUGGGCAUCGGAUGUGCCACGAAUGUCUAAAGCGAGUAUUCGAAAUGUCCGUGAAGGACCCUGCCCAUAUGCCACCUCGAUGCUGCACAGAUAACCACAUACCACUGAAGCAUGUGGACAAGCUGUUCGACCUGAAGUUCAAAGUGCUCUGGAACCGCAAGUACCAAGAAUACAACACCAAAAACCGCAUAUACUGCGUUGCUCCGAAGUGCGGCGAGUGGAUCAAGCCAUCACAUAUUCAUCGAGACUCGCACGGCAGAAAGUUCGCACAAUGUCCGCGGUGUAGAACGAAGGUCUGCACGCACUGUAACAACAAAAUGCACCGCUCGAAGGAUUGUCCACAGGAUCCGGAGAUCGCGAAGCUAGUCGAACAGGCGAAAGAGAGAGGGUGGCAGAGGUGCCAUGACUGCUCAGCAAUGGUCGAGUUGAAAGAGGGCUGCAACCACAUGACGUGCCGCUGCAAGGCGGAGUUCUGUAUGAUUUGUGGAGCGAAGUGGAAGAGUUGU